AUGCCUGCCUCGAGGAUGUUCCUGAUCCUGCUCUCCAUAGCCCUGCUGUCCCUGACUUCAGCUCAGAGAGACAGUGCAGAGAAAGAUGGUAUUAAGAACCAUAUCAGAGAAGAACUAAGUCAGAAUGGUAAUAUGCCCAUGAUGUCAAGGAAAGGAAAUAACGGUCAAAGUGGUAAUAGAGGACCUGGUGGUGAAAUCCUGAGAGGCCAGGGUCCUCAGAGUGGAAAUCAACAAGCAAGUCGUGGCCAAGGAAAAGGUGGCCAAGGAGGUCGGGGCCAAGAAAAAGGUGGCCAAGGAGGUCGGGGCCAAAGAAAAGGUGGCCAAGGAGGUCGGGGCCAAAGAAAAGGUGGCCAAGGAGGCCAGAGAGGUAAGAGAGGCCAGAAUGGCCAGAAAACGAAGCCUGGAGAAGGUGUCCAGAAACAGCAGGAAGGACAGUAA